AUGAGCGCGAAAAAGAAGCGGCUGAUAGUCUCGGGGACCGAAGAGCUGCACGAGCGCAUCCACGAGCUGGAGAUGGCGCUCGCCGCAGAAUUUCGCAAGACUUCCGCAGGAGAACUGCAUCCUCUCCUCCGAGCAGAGCGAACACCCGAGACCGACAGAGGCAUCUGGGUCCGCCCAGCUACACUCGUAGCAGGCUGUCUCGUCGGCAGUGGCCUCUCCUUAACUCCCGAGACUGUCCUCCCCUCCCUCCCUCCAGCAGACGUCGCCGCAAUGCGCGGGCGCUUACCGCCCUGGCCAGCGGGCCAGGACGCCCUGCGUACCGUCCGCGAGCUGGGGAAUCCAUUGCUGAGCCCGGAGAAGGAGGGGGAACUCCUCACUCUGUGUGCCGAUGGGAGCCAGGGGUCAAGAGGCACCCUGGGACUGCUUUUCGCACAUCUGGCGUUGGGGACGCAGUGCAACACUCUGCUCGUGGAGCCGAUUGCGGCGCGGGGUUUCGCAGACGCAGCACGCACCCUCGCCGACGCGAGUACGGCCGGGGUACAGGCUGGAGCCAUACUGGCCGAAUACGCAGCGAACGAUGGGCGGUUAGGUGACGCUUGGGCCAUUGCUGGAGAGGCAUUGGUACGGGCACAUGGGAUCGGCCUCCCAGAACCCGACAUCGAGAUAAGACGGACGACGUACUGGGAGCUCGUGGGGUGGUCUCGCGUCCUUGGCCUUCUGCUGGGUCGCCCAAACCAAGCGCGAAACGAUGCAGGCGAUGCGAAACCGCCACAGGGGGAGCGAUACCGAUUGUUCUCGCUUCUGGAAUCGGUUCUGGACUUGGUGCGUCGCCACACCGCCACUCGUGCUGAUCAUCAGACCACAUCAGCGACGCCGGUAUCGCUCGACGCUCUCCGGCGUGCCGACGACGCCCUCUCCGCUUUGCGCAACGACCUGCCCCCGAUCGCGAUCGCGCGCAGCGUCCCGCCAGCCAACACGGUGGGCGCGCUGACACUGCGCCUGCUCGUCUCUUUCGCCCGGCUCAUGCUGUGCUCUCCCGCCGAAGCGCUCUUCAGCACAGCGUACGAGGCUGCCAACGAAUGUCUUGAGACACAGCGGCGAUGGGUCGUGUUCCACCCCCGUCUGCUCGAGAGGACAGGCUGGGUGUGGGCCGUCGCCGACGCCGCGGCCACUUUCCUCGGCAAGGUCGUCACCUCCUCUCCCGAUGGGGCUUAUGCCACCCCCGCCUUUGCCGCGCUGACGGGAUACGUUGAGAUUGUAGUCGCUGCUGGCCGGGCGCUGGGACCGCUCGCGGCCGUCGUUGAGGCGUCGAGGGCGGCUGUUGGUGAGCGCUCGUCAAGGCAGACUGUGAGCCCUGUACAACAGCUCACGGCGCUCUCGCGGCCGGGUACAGCCGGCAACGGGCGAUACUUCGACCACACUGCCCAGGCAUUCCAGCAGCACCAGUCACCCGAGACUGAUUUCGGUGGGUAUCCAAUACCACAACUCCAGAGCCAGGCGCAAGCCCCUGCAACAGCAGGGAUGCAAGAGUUCCAGCGCGGGUUCAGCAUGCCCCCGCCCCGCGUACCGAUUAUACCGCAGGUUCCGAGGAUCGAUACGCAGUUCGCGCACCCCUCGCACCAGACGGCGCCGCCGCAUCCCCAGCCCUCCCAGGCGAGAGACGAUGCGCAGCCCUGGUCGAGCUACGAACUCCUGCCCCCCGGUCUGGGGCUGGACAUUGUCUUCUCACCCCGACGCGGCAGCGUCGGAAUGGAGAGGGAGCGCGCUCCGCCCGGGACCGCCAUGGGUCGCGCGAUGAGCCUGCCCGCCCUGCCGGCGGAGAUGGCCCUCAUGCCACAGGUCGGACAGCAGAGCCCGCAGCAGAUCCUGGGCAUGAGUCCGCUCAUGCCGAGCCCGAGCCCGAUGAGCGAGCAGGAGGCGCCCUUCUUCUUGCGGCCGGGGACGGCGAGCUAG